GAUGAUAUCGAACUGCCUCCGGGAGCAAGUAGGUACUGACCGCAGUCUGUUUUUCAUUUCUAAUCACCAGUUGAAAUGGAACAGACCUUUAUUCUCCAAACAAGGUUUUAGUGCCCCACUAUAUACACCAAUUCCGAUAAAGGCUUAUUGUUGUUUAUUAAAAACAGUGUGAACACUAUGAAUAUCGCUGACUUAAUUCCGAUCGAUCUGAGUAACGAUCAUGAAUACCCAUCGAGUAGCAAUUCUUCGCUGGACGUCGAAGUGGACAGUGGUAACGAGCACACGACACCUCCGAUUAGUGUUAAAGAUGUAGAACAUAUAACAUUGCAAGAACAUCAAAUAGUGCCUUCCCGGGAAAUCUUUGCCGAACCAUCGAUAAUGAGCAACGAUAAAGUGCAACCACGUGUUUUACGCUCUUCUAGUCGAGCCAUGUACGCGCAUUCAGUGUCGGAAAAUGUUUUGAAGCCAACCACGUCGCCACCGGAAACUUUACUGCAGAUUAAUUCUAGCGGCGAAAAUUCGGCAAUCGUUACCAUAGAAUUUUCGAAAUCAGGAUGUGUCAAUUCUAACGAUCGAGUCGAAGCCGUUGGUAUUAGUAGCAAAGGAUACUACAGUGAUAACUAUGCCAGUUCAAAUAUCAGACCAAUGAUGAGCGGAUAUGGGUCUUCAAGUGCAAAUGUGUUACUGAAAGGUACAGGAAACACGGACGUAUUACAUCAAUUCGAUACCACUAUUUGGAAAAAGCGAGCCCUCGAAAUAGAAAAAGAUUACAAGAAAACAGCAUGCGAUCGCGAGAGGACCCGAAUGCGUGACAUGAAUCGUGCUUUCGAUUUACUUCGCUCGAAACUCCCACACACAAAACCUUCCGGAAAAAAGUAUUCCAAAAUAGAGUGCUUAAGACUUGCUAUUCAAUAUAUUCAGCAUCUGCGAAGGGAACUCCAGUACUCGACAACUCCCCCGCCAUCCCAUGCUAUGGACUACUGCUACGAUAUGCCUUCCUAUAACCCACCCCCUGCGGCUCCUCAGCCUGCCGCAUCAACAGCUUACCUUAGCUUAGAUUCGAACAAUAACGCCCUUCAUCACAUUCCUGCUCACAAUACGCAGUGGUACAUCACGAGCAACUCCGAAGGCUACAGCUACUACUAUCUACCGUGAUAUGAGUGGAUCAUCUAUGGAAAAAUAUAAACAAAAAUUA